GAUUACUUGUAUUUACAAAUUGGACUUAUAUGUUGCUCCUCAGAAAAACAGUAUAUUUUAAACGGAAAACUUCUGGAAUUUUCUGAAAUAUCAAUAAUUUUGCAAAACUGCUGAAACUUAAUUUUCUAAGUCUACAAAUGUAAAAUUGUUGGAAAUGGGUUUACGGAUUACACACUAUUCUGAACACCUUUUCAAAGGACUGAUCGUUUGUAAGACAGACAAACUCAUUAGACUAGUCUGGUAAUUUUCAGGAAAGCAAUGAUGAUGCAACGAAAUCAUCGUUAGAAAAAGAUGGCAGACAAAUAUUAUAGACUUGUUUGCUUUGUGGUAGAUAUUUGUGCUGACGUACUAAGGAAAUAUUUUGUAAAACUUGCCAAAACUGAUGCUGGGAACACUUAUACAUCAGUUGAUGCAUACUUAUCUCACAGAAAGCGGGAUGUGAUGCAAUUAUUUAAUAACAAAAAGCUCAGGAGAGAUCAAUAUGAUUUAUUGUAUCCUGUUAACGGCACCGCUGAUGAAAACCAGUGGGACGUAUCAAUACUUUUAACAUUGAUAUCAGAACUUUUUGUCACACGUCUGCAGCCACUUGUAAUCGUUGCUUUGAAAACUGAAAUUCGAGGGAUUCGCAAUGAGUUGCAACAUCACCCAAAUACUGGCAACAUUUCAGAUGAUGACUUCGAUGAUUAUUGGGGACGAUUGGACGAUUCUGUUAGGCUUAUAGCAAAGAAUGCGCUUGAUCCAAAUGAUCAAGCAUCCUUACUAGAGAAAAUAAAUCAGAUAAAAUGUAAUCAUCUACCGAAUCUCAGUGAUUGUUUUCGUAUUUGGCAUGCAGAAACCUCUAAGCUGUUGUUAAACGUUAUGAAUGAAGUACAGGCAAAUGCCGAAGAAACAACUUCCAUUCUCAGACAAGUGACCGUCCAGAAACCAGGACCUUCAGGGGACAAAGAUAAAAGAAUCAAAGUUGCUGAUGAUAUACUGACACGGCUUCAAGCGGGGUUUGAGUCAACGAUGAAAGAAUUAUCAGACGAUUUCAACCCACCAAGUGAAAUGACAGACAUUCGAGCUAAACUAAGAAAUAGCCAUCAUGUGGUUGUAACCGGAUGCAACAAUAGUCGUUACUUUGAGACCGCUCUUGCAUCAGUAAAGGGGAUGGACUAUAAUUACAAACGAAGCGUAGAAAUGCACACGUCGUCUGAUUGGCGACACAUUGAUCCUACAGAUGUAGACUUGGUUUUAUGUAGAGAUCCAUUUGGAGGAUUUUCUUAUGAUGAAAGCAAAGCUAAAGCCAUGGAUGAUAUAUUUAAAAGCAUGAUGCAUUCAACAAAGAGAAAUAAUGGCGAUAAAGCCUUGGACAUUGUCAUAGUAACAGACCUUAAGAUUUUGGAAGAGUGCAAACUGCAUCAUGACCAUGAAAUCUUAGAAGAAGUGGUGAAGGUGUUUACUAAGACAAGUUCAGCACAGCCGGCUGAUCUUACAAUAGGUUGUGGAGGUCAAAAUAUAUACGUACAACAGUCCUUGGUGUCAGUAUACAGAAAUUUAGAAGUGAUGACGAAGAAUUUUUUGAGCGAAUAUCAGGUAUUCAGCCUUCAAGUGAAUGCGAAGGUUUUCAAGACAGCGAAAGAGAAGUUCAAGACAGGUAAAGCAGUAGUAUUAACAGGGCCUAAGAAAUGUGGUAAAACUUCUGUAGCUGUUGCGUUGGCAUCUGCUUAUGAAUCAUCCCAAUGUUUACUUCUCAAGAAGCCUAACGAUGUCAAUUACAUUGACCUUACAAACAUCUGCUUAGUUAUCAUUGACGAGUUUGCUGGAAAAUAUCGUUACGAAGAAAAUGAUGUGUACAAAUGGUACAACAUGUUUGAUCACCUGUACAGAGCAGUUAUAGCAGGGAAUUUCAACAUGGUAUUAACGUGUGAAAAGGGUAAACUAGAAAAAUGUAUCAACGAAAUUGGACGGCAUGCCAUUCUUGACCACGUGGUGGAUGUACCUUUACAAAGAAUUGUCGUUAAAUCAGAGGUUACUGAACGGCUAGAAUAUGGACAUGUGUCUGGACAGUUAGUCACUACAGAUCUUUCUAUAGGCCCCAUAUCAAAUAUCACACAGUCUAAGAACUACACACCACAAUUGACAGUGGUACCGUCACAAUUGCCAAACUUGCUGUCAAGUCAUAGCACGAUGAUUCCGGUUUCAACAGGUAAUACUUCACUUCAAGGACUAGAAUAUGGCCAUGUGUUUGGACAGUCAAAAACAAAUCAUUCUAUAGGCACAAUAUCAAAUACUACACAGUCUUAUAACUACGCACCGCCAUUGCCAGUGGUACCGUCACAAGGGCCAAUCUGGCUUCCGAUUUCUACAGAAAAUGCGUCACUUCUAGGUAGAGCACAAAGGGAAGGAAUACAAAAUUCGAUGCAGUUGAAAAGAGGAUUACAAAGUGAGUUACCGACCGAGACAACUGAUUUGAGUGUAAAGAGAUCGAGGUCAAUGUCGUCAGAUGUAUGGUUAGUCGAAGAGAAACGUGAAAUUAACAUCAAGAUCAAUGGUGAAAGUAAGGAUUGUUGGAUUCAUGGAAGUUGUAUACUACCUUCAGGAGAAAUUCUGCUUGCAGAUUACAAUAAUAAAAAAUUGAAGAAACUUGAUAGCAUGUAUAAUGUAAAGUGUGUAUGUGAUCUUCCUUAUAAACCGAAUGAUGUUUGCUAUGUCGGGGAUAAUGUAGCUGUUGUAUCACUGUUGGGAAAGAAACUUCAGUUUGUUGAUACUAAACAUAGUAUGAUACUGAUUAGAUACAUUGAUACAGAUCAUUCUUGUAUUGGUCUGGCUUGUCAUGGUGAUCAGAUGUAUGUUAGAGACAUUAAUGGUUCUGUUUAUAGUUAUAGUACAAAUGGUAUAAAGCAGCAGAUGAUUUAUUCACCUAGAAAAUAUUCAUCUCUUUAUAACAAUAUUACUGUGAGUAAUGAUGGAAGUAAGUUAUACCUUCCAUGUAAAAAUGAGAUUGUUACCAUUGAAAACAAUGGAAAACAUUUGUUUACAUUAAACAUUGAAGACAUAUAUGUCUCAUGUGGAGUUUGUGUAGAUGAUCAAGGUUAUGUUUAUGUAAAUGGUAAGAAUGGGAAUUUUUUACAAAUAAGUGAAGAUGGUAGAAUUAUACUUCAAGUCAUAACAAACCUAUCUUACAUGGCAGAUGCAUAUAAUCCUACAUUAACAUUUGAUAGGAAAAAUAAAGUUCUGAUAUCAGCAGGGUGGUCAAACAAAAUUGAAGUCCUUAAACUAAGGAAAUAAUGUUAAACUCAAACAAGAUGAAUAAAUAGGAUACCGUGAUCAUAUAAUCGACAAUUAAAUAAAGUUAAGAUUUCUUAUUAUAAUAUAUACUACAUUUUAUUUUUACUGGCAUAAUGUAUAGUUAGAAUUAUUCCUGACAGUCACUAGAUGGCGGAAUAAAAACGAUUUUCUGUUUUCACUUCAUAGUGUAGAUAAAGCAAGAUAUAUGUUUAUAAACUUUGACUUUGACAAUACAACAUAAGAAUUUAAUUAUUUACUAGUAAUAAGACACCUUCUAUUUCUUCCUGUUUCAAGUCAAAAGUAUAAAUCUUAAUGAUUAUUUUAGUAUGAUUUUGAAAAAAAAACUACCCCAAAUUGUAUGGAUAUUUUUAUGAUAUUUUAUUCAAAAAUAAUGUUAUCAACAUGUCAAAUAAUACAGUAUAACACAAAUAAAUAAAUAAGUACAAUAACAACACUAUCGUACAUUUACAAUAAUAACAAUAAUGUGUGUACUAUUAUAUGUAAUUAUGCAGUAUUUCAAUCAUGAAUUUUACAUGGUGCCUUAAAGAUCCUUUACACAUAUAGAAACUAUUUCCUAUAUAUUCUCUACAUAUCGCAUGUAAAUAUAUUGAAUUUUGCUUCACAUAUUCAAUUUCUACAUAUUUUUAUUCAUAU